UCGAUCUUCAAAUCUCUCAGAGAUUUCUUUCCAAAUUUAUAUUUUCUGAAUCACGCUAUUAUAUAUUGGAGGAAUUGAUUCUCGCUGUUCAAAAUCUUGUGAUCUCAUCCAAUUGAGUCUUCACGCGAUUUUCUUCUUUUUGAAGCUAUUUUGCUUGUCAAUUUCUGCCGAUCUCAUCAACCUAUCGCGAUUGUCUCCUUUUCGAAGUUAUUUUGCUUGUCUUUGUUCAGUAAUGGCAGUUAAAGUUACACCUCUGUGCAAAGAAGAAUUAAGGCCUUUUGUUGGAAAAAGUUUCAAGUCACUUGAUGCUGCUAUCUCCUUCUAUGAAGAUUAUGCUAAAGAGGUUGGAUUUGAUCCUCGAAAAUCUGGUAGAAAAACAACAGGCGGCAUAGGACUUGGACUGUUACGAACAAUGCUGAGGAUGAUUUGUACGAGUGUCAAUGCAAGCUGUAUCAGAGAGGUGGCUGAAGAAACCUCUUUUAAUAUCUGUGCAUGGUUCUUCUACCUCAACUUUUCAGGAUCAGACAGAUUUCUUUUACGAUGACAAGCAUAAUGCCAUCAACAAACUGCACACAACAUAUUACAGAUAGUACAGAGAGUUGAGGGCAGCAUUGCUGAUAUUAAUGCAGUUAUAGCUGCGAUUGAGGAUGUUGAAAAUCAGCUUUUUGGUGAUGGUUCUUGUGUGAUGUCCGUGUUGGAGAAAAAGAAGAGGUUUGAGGAAUUGUAUGGUGUUGUGAGGCCUGAUGUUAUACAUGCUCAUCCGCCAAAUGUGGUGAAGUGUAAAGGAUCUGGAUCCAGGUUGUCUUCUAAGAUGGAGGCGGCGAAGAAGGCAGCAGCUAAACCUCCUAGACGAUGUGGGAAAUGCCAUAAAAUGGUUAAUCAUGAUUCAAGGAACUGCGGCAAAGAGAAGAGUAAAAAAUAGAAAUAAAUUAGUUGUUCCUAUUACUGUGGUUUCGGUUUAUUAGCAUUCUUGAUUCCGUGUUUGUAUGGAAGAAUAAUAAUCGCAAACAUAUGUUCUGAAUG